AUGAACAUUGAAAUUGAGCAUUCAAUUAGAAAGAACAUUGCUUGGGCAAACCUACCUUUGAAUUUAAAACAGAAUUUAGGCAAUUCUUCGAAAGAGUACGACAAACUUGCCAUCAACUACAGCAUCAAAAAUCAGCUGAGAUACAAAGGCAACCUUGUUCGAACUAUCAAGAAAGAUGAGAGAAAAUACUAUGAGGAAUUACUGAAGUACAGUCGAGAGCACCUGAUGCUGUACCCGUACCACCUGUCUGAUGUUCUAGUGAAAGGCUUACGAAUCACUCCAUUUGCUUACUACACGCACAUCAUGACUGAUAUAAUGGCUCAGGAGAAGAGCUAUGACUCUCUGCCUAACUUCACCGCUGCUGAUUGUUUAAGACUAAUGGCAAUAGGCAGAAACCAGUACAUUGACAUCAUGAACCAAUGUCGUUCUUCUAAAAAAUUUUUUCGAAAGAAGCCCUUGAAAGAUUUGCUACCUCGGCAGCCCGUCGAAUCAGUCCUCAUCGAACCCUGGUGGGUGGUCCAUCACGGGUACAUAAUCGAGGAGGAUAUCAAGAUCUGCUCGGCUGAUGAGAAGAAGUUGAUUGACAGGAUAAUCGACAAUGGACCCCAAGUGGCCGCCAGCCUCGACUUCAACGUUUUGCACGGAUUAUACAGAAAAGGUCUUAUAUACCUGGACGUACCCAUUGAUGAUGAUGAUCAUAUUAUAGUCCCGCCCCUAGAGGGCUUCGUGAUGAAUAGGGUCCUGGGUGAUUACUUCGAGACACUUCUAUAUAAGAUCUUUGUCUCCAUAGACGAACAUACCUCCAUCGCCGAGCUGGCUAAAGUUUUAGAGAUUGAUUUACAACUCGUCAAGAAUGCGGUUUCAAUGUUUUGUAGGCUGGGUUUUGGUCGGAAGAAAAAUAUCGACCAACACUUGGAUGUGCUACAUGAGUCGUGGAACACCGAUAACAUCAGCUUAUCAAGUUUGGGUGUCAGCAGCAGCAUCAACAACAACAGCAGCAGCAGCAGCGGAAGUGGGGUCGGGAGUGGUCACAUGAAGAGGAUAGCCCUCAUGUUCGAUUCUACCUUGACCGCUUUUCUCAUGAUGGGAAAUUUAUCACCCGGUUUAAAAAGUCAUGCAGUGACGAUGUUUGAAGUGGGCAAGUUGAGUGACGAGUCUCUUGACUGCUUCCUUGCUGAGCUGGAAAAGGUGGACACGGUAGCUGAAGGCGAGGCCCAGCGCUACUUCGACCACGCCGUGACACUGCGCGAAACAGUCCACUUCCUACGUCACAACCGUAACCUCGUGACUUCCUCAAAUGAGGAUGACGUCACGGGUCAAGGUCAGGGCCUUGACCUUCUCAGGUGCGAGAGUCUUCUCGGGCUGGACGCCGCCACGUGUAGCAGAGUUCUCAAUAAAAAUUAUUCGUUGUUGUUUUCCGUGGCGCCAUUGAGUAAUGAGGUGAGACCCGUCAGCCACAACAUACCCCACCAUCUCGGUCCAACCAUUCCAGAGGUGAAUUCCAUUUGGUUUAAGUUAUUUUUAUACUCGUUGACGUCAAAUGGUCCGCCAUCUAUACUGCUAUCCAAAGGAACUAAACUAAGAAAACUGCCAAAAGUCUUACAAGAAUUCGAUCGUAUCCUGAUAGCGACGUGGGGCCACGAUCCUUCAAUCAUUCCAGCUUCCAACAUCCUCCUCAUCCUCAACGAUGCACUCUCUCAUUCCGCCAUUCUCGUACAGGGGCACGGUGCAGAUCAAAAGGACGGUCAAACUGUUUAUAUUCCAUUCCCCCUGCAACAAGCCGACAAACGCAGCAAACUAGAGCGCCACACAAGCAUCGAACGCCUGUACGAGUGUAUUGACCUCGAACACACUUGCGGCUACAUAACCAUGCUGAAAACCGCACCGAGUGACGGUAUCGUUGAUGACGUCAGUGGGGAGGACGAUUUCGACGAAGAUGAUUGGCUGCUGUUGGACUGCUGCUUUGGGGUUCCGCUGUUUGAUAGGAAACUCAACAAGGAGGUGUGCGCGAGGAUUCAAGAUAACAAGCUCUGUAGAGAAGAUAGUUUGAAAGAGUUGGCGCUAUCUAAUAGGAGAUUGGCCAGUGACCUGUUGAAAUUCGUGCAUCAAAAUCAGGAAAUGACGUCAGACAGUUUCAACCAGCAAAUGUCAACCACGAGACUACAACAACAACAACAACAUCAUCAUCCUUCGGUAAACAACAACGUCAUCAACAACAACAGCAUACUCCCAACGCAAAAUCUCAUGUUUUCCAACGGAAAGCUAACCGUUUGGGAUGGCAUAUGUAAACAUUCUUCCAUCAUCAUUGCUUAG